UCUCUCUCUCUAACUAUAUAGUCAUAUUGGUUCUUUAUAGUUUACCCACAUUCACAUUGUCUCCCUCAUUUUUUUUCAGCAGCACCCACAUAAAAAGCUUUCAUUUUUAUCUUCUCUUCCUCAAGACUUGCCUUUUUUUUUUGCAUUUUCAGAUUGUUUCAAGGCUAUCUCUGGAAAUUGGUGAUUUUAGCUUUCUGGGGAGUUUAAGGAACAUUGGAUCUUAAUUUUCCCUGAGUAAAGACUGGUUCUAAUUCUGCUAGUUAACUACAAAAACCCUUCUUACAAAUUAUGGACUCAAGAUCACGUGUGAACUUUGCUAGUUUGGCUUCUGGGAACCUACUGGAUAUUCCUCAAAUUCCAAGCCCUAGAGCUCUUCCAAAGGUGAUGACUACUCCUGGGGUUAUACCUGAUGUAGAUGGUUGUGGAUUUAAUGAUGCAGAAUCAGAUAGCGGUACUUCUUCCAGUGAGAGAAAAAUAAUUGUAACAAAUAUGCUGCCCAUUCAUGCACAGAAGGAUUCAGAAACAAACAAAUGGGUUUUCACUAGAGACGAGGACUCGUUGUAUUUGCAGUUAACUGAUGGGUUUUCUCCAGAAACUGAAGUUAUUUAUGUGGGGUCCCUAAAAGUUGAAGUAGAUGCCAACGAACAGGAUGAAGUUGCACAACAACUGAUGGACAAUUUCAAAUGUGUGCCGACUUUUCUUCCGCAUGAUCUGCAGAAGAAAUUCUAUCAUGGUUUCUGCAAGCAACAGCUAUGGCCUCUGUUUCAUUACAUGCUUCCUAUGUCCCCAGACCACGGUGAGAGGUUCGAUCGUACGCUCUGGAAGGCCUAUGUCUCUGCAAAUAAAAUAUAUGCCGAUAAGAUUAUGGAAGUUGUGAAUCCCGAAGAUGAUUAUAUUUGGGUUCACGAUUAUCACCUGAUGGUUCUCCCUACGUUCUUGAGGAAGCACUUCAACAGAAUCAAGCUUGGAUUCUUUCUGCACAGUCCAUUCCCUUCAUCUGAGAUAUAUCGCACACUCCCUGUUAGAAAUGAGAUUUUAAGAGGACUGCUCAAUUGUGAUCUAAUUGGGUUCCAUACAUUUGAUUAUGCUCGUCACUUCCUUUCGUGCUGCAGUAGAAUGCUGGGCCUGUAUUAUGAAUCUAAAAGAGGGCACAUUGGACUUGAUUACUCUGGUCGCACUGUAUACAUCAAAAUUCUACCUGUAGGAAUCCAUUUGGGUAGACUUGAGUCUGUAUUAAGCCUUUCCUCCACACGUACCAAAUUUAAAGAAAUUCAAGAGAAAUUUAAGGGGAAAAAGGUUAUUCUUGGCGUUGAUGACAUGGACAUAUUUAAGGGCAUCAGUCUUAAAUUGUUAGCCUUUGAACAGCUCUUGCAGCAGCAUCAGGACUUGCAGGGGAAUUUAGUUCUGAUCCAGAUCGUAAAUCCUGCCAGAAGCUCAGGAAAGGAUGUCCAGGAAGUAAAACGCGAGACAUAUUCAACUGCUACUAGAAUAAAUGAAGUGUAUGGUUCUCCUGACUAUGAGCCAGUAAUUCUCAUUGAUCGUCAUGUUGCUCGUUAUGAGAAGAGUGCGUACUAUGCCAUGGCAGAAUGUUGCAUUGUGAAUGCUGUUAGGGAUGGGAUGAACCUAGUACCUUACAAGUAUAUUAUUUGUAGGAAUGGUUCUGCGGAUUUAGAUGAAGCCAAGGGUAUUGAAAAGGAUUCUCCUCGGACGAGCAUGCUUGUUGUUUCUGAAUUUAUAGGCUGCUCGCCAUCUUUAAGUGGAGCAAUCAGGGUUAAUCCAUGGGAUAUUGAUUCAGUUGCGGAGGCUAUGUAUACUGCUAUAACUAUGCCUGAUUCUGAGAGGCAAAUGAGACAUGAAAAACACUAUCGGUAUGUUAGCUCCCAUGAUGUGGCUUAUUGGGCUCGAAGCUUUCUGCAAGAUCUGGAGAGAGCUUGUAAAGAUCAUUAUAGUAAGCGCUGCUGGGGCAUUGGAUUUGGCCUAGGUUUUAGAGUGGUUUCUCUUUCCCCAAGUUUCAGAAAGUUGUCUAUUGAUUAUAUUGUCCCACCAUAUAAAAGGUCUAGUAGGAGGGCAAUAUUUUUGGACUAUGAUGGUACCGUUGUUCCUCAAUCAUCUCUUAGUAAAAGGCCCACCCCUGAAGUUGUUUAUGCUAUCAAUACUCUUUGCAAUGAUCCCAACAACACAGUAUUUAUUGUUAGUGGAAGGGGUAAAAGUUCCUUGAGUGAGUGGCUCGCUCCAUGCGAAGGGCUAGGAAUAGCUGCUGAACAUGGGUACUUCAUAAGGUGGAACAAGAUUUCAGACUGGGAACGCAGUCCCUUGGCCAUAGAUCUUGAGUGGAAGGAAAUUGUGGAACCUAUCAUGAAACUGUAUACGGAAUCAACCGAUGGCUCCUACGUAGAAACUAAAGAGAGUGCUCUGGUGUGGCAUCAUCAAGAUGCAGAUCCGGACUUUGGAUCUUGCCAAGCAAAAGAAUUGUUGGAUCAUUUGGAGAAGGUCCUUGCGAAUGAACCUGCAGUUGUUAAAAGAGGCCAGUAUAUUGUCGAAGUUAAGCCACAGGGCAUAAGCAAAGGGUUGGUUGCGGAGAAGGUUCUGUCAACUAUGGUCAGUAGUGGAAUGCCUCCAGAUUUUGUCGUGUGUGUUGGAGAUGACAAAUCAGAUGAGGAUAUGUUUGAGAGCAUCUUAAGCACAGUUUCAUCUCCAUCCAUCCCUGCUCCAGAGGUCUUUGCCUGUACUGUUGGGAGAAAGCCAAGCAAGGCCCGGUUUUAUCUUGAUGAUAGUGUUGAAGUCGUGAAGCUGCUUCAAGGCCUUGCUAAUGCGUCAAAUCCAAAGCCCAGAUCUUCACAUGUCAAAGUUUCUUUCGACAAUUUCAUCUGAGGUAGACAACUCUGAUGCUGCUUGUACAUUGUUUUGGACCUUUGGUGUAGAGAAAGUCUUUUGGGCAUCAAAUCUUAACUUAUACAACUAAUGCUCGACGGGGAUCAAAAAACCAAACUGGCAUCACGACAUCUUUGAAGCAAAUUGCAUUACUGUCUCACUGAAUAUAAAGUCUGCUGAUUCUGAAGAUAGAUACCUAGGGUUUCUGAUUGGAAGUCACCAUUUCAGUAUUUCACUGUAUAGGCACACUUUGUUUCAGUAUAGAUGUAUAAUUUGCUGUCAACAAAGACUUCUGUAUGGAACCAUUCUAAUUCUUAACCAUAUAAUUUUUUCAUA